UUUUUUUUUUUUUUCUGCUCGCGCGUUUUGCAUCGCUUUCCUGUUCGCAUCGCUUUCCUGUUUGCAUCGCUUGUCCAAACCCACCAUCCGAAUCGCCCGUCAAUAUGGUCCAAGCCAGCAACACCAAGCAGGCCCACUCGCUCGUAUUCUGCUCAGAGUGCGGGUUCCUGCUCGAUCCACCCGCGGCCAACGAAAAGUCGAUCAACUGCGAUGCUUGCGGCCAUCUUAUCAAUGCUGACGUGUUCGAGUCUAUCGAGGUUGUUACAAAUAGCAGCGUCAAGGCAUUCACCGAACGGCCCAAGUUCUAUGGCAUGGAGGAUCAGGACUCGGAUGCGGUUGCCCAUCUGAAGGAUGGUGCUACGAUCAAGGAGAAGUGCCCCAAAUGCGAUGCGCCCGAGAUGGUAUUCCACACGGCCCAGCUUCGAUCGGCUGAUGAAGGCCAAACCAUCUUCUACAGCUGUAUAAAAUGCGGCUACAAGUAUCGCGUCAACAGCUAGAGUUUUUUACCGUCGUCCAAAUGCACGGACUUGAUGCCUGCGAGUCGACUUGUACGCCAUGUACUAUGCUCCACACUCCCCGCUCCAUCCCGGCCGCUGUCUCCAUAUUCUAUUGGGCCGAUCCCCCGAGCCCCGGUGUGCUCCGGAGCAUAUUAGACCCUCCAUACACAAACAUGACUUGCCUUGCAACUGU